AUGACUGAAAAAUGUUCUGGAUGUAAUAAAAAAAGAAGCCUUAAAUAUGGAAACGGAGACAUGUGUACUAGUUGUUAUUCCGCAGGAUUUCAACCUGUUAAUAGCGGAAAUCCAGAUAUUGAUAAUUUAAUUAAAUCAACACACGGAAAUAGCCCUAAUUAUAGGUUAGAGUGGAUUCCCUUUGAAGAAUUUACAGAUAUCCAGCGAGUUACGGAAGGUGGAUUUA